AUGCACCGUCGUGUAUUCUUCCGUCCAUUCUCCCGUGUUACUCUCUUAGAUCGCCACCAUGGAUCUUCUACUAUCCACACCUUCUCUACAUCGUCAUCAUCUAUACAGGAAGCUGUACUACUAGAGAGACGUAAGUCGAAUCGUAUUGCUACAACAUUACGUCAAGGCAGCACUAUUUCAAUCUCUGGACGAUGUCGAAUCUCACGUGCUCAAGUACUUGACGAUAUAGAAGCGUUAGUACACGAAGCAAAGCGUCAUCGUAGUAAUUUUCAACCUAGUAUGGAAUAUCUUCGUCGUGCUGGUGCUUUACUGCAGGUUUGCAAGUCGAGAGAGCACUAUACUGGUGCAAUUCCACUCUGUAAUAUUGUACAACGAUCUACGAUAACUCCUGGUAAGACUGAGAUGGAAUGUGUUAGGAUUUAUCAAAAAGCAGGACGCAAUAAGGAGGCGAUAGCUCUAGCGGAGAAGAUAAUGAAACAGGACGUGUUCUUGCUGAAUCAUGCUCUUGCCAGUGCUAUUCAAGCUUGUGCAGUCUUAGGAGAAGUGGAAAAAGGAAGUCAGUUCUUUCAUGCAGCGGUACAACGAGGCUCGAUUCCAAAUUUGGCUGUAUAUUCAGCGUUACUUGCUGUGGCAGGGGUAUCAGGUGAUCCCCAACGAGUACAAAAAGUGCUGGAUCAGAUGGAAGAAGCAAGCGUCAAGAUGAACAACAUGACGUUUCAUAAUUUGAUGAGUUUCUAUGCACGUGGAGGAAAAACGGCAGAAGUGCUGGCACUGUAUGAUAAAAUGCAGAAGAAGGGGAUUGCAGCAGAUGAACAUACGUAUGCAAUUCUCAUGGAUGCGCACGUUGAAAGUGGAGAUUUUCACGGCGCUAAAGCACUCAUGGAAGAGUUAAAGAAGACGACGUUGCAACCAAAUCUUGUGCACUACAACGUCUUACUGAAGGGAUGUGGCAAGGAGAGUGAUUUAGCUUCCGCUUUCCAGCUCUACGAGGAGAUGAAAGAUCGCAAGAUUCGACCGGACCUUGUGACAUUUAUUACCAUGAUGCACGCUGUGUAUCAUGGUGAGCUGGGUUCAAUCGACCAAAAAAAAGUGAAGGCGGCCCUUGUGGGGUUUGGCCUCAUGGGUGUUGCGUUCGUUCCGCUUAUCAACUAUGAGGAGUACAUGCUAACCACGCUGUUCUGUACAAGUCUCGUGGGCUCUAUGGGUCUAGCUGCGUACAUGAAUCCAGAUGGCGUCAUCCGUGCGCUUUACCCUAACACCGACGAGCCUCGUAACGACACCGUUAUUGAGGCAUUUUUUCGGCGACUACGCGAAGAGGAUCACUGUGGUCGAUCAAUGUAUUUGUGGCGCGAAAUGCUGAAGUUUAGUGUGCCUGCGGACCCACGCGUGUAUGAUAUAUUGGCGCGCACUUGCGUCCGCAAGCGUCAUCCAGAAUUGGCUUAUGAAGCUGUGUUUGAAGAAAAGUUGCCGCUAGUUGACAAGGAAGGUGUAUUUGUUAUCUCGCUUCCCACGACGCUGAAUCUGUUGCACUCCUUAUUGGCUCAGAAGCGUCUGAAUAUGGCGGAUACUCUGUAUGAUGCCGCCCGCAACCACAACGUAUUUGACAAGAUAUUUUCUGAAAAGGGCACCUCCUACGUAUAUGAUUUGCGCUCGUUUUUGAACGAGCGAGUACGCAGUUACAUAAUCAUCAAGUUGAUGGAUGAGCUGCGCGCAAAGGUGGACUCGUCAGAGGGCAAAUUUGUUGCUCCGAACGUUCAAUUUUUGGUUCAGCACGGGUACGAGCUGCUUGACCGUCUUGACGCAGAUAAUGCAAGCCUCCGCACACUGUUUUCGAUGGAUGACAUGGCAUGCAUUGCAAUGGAAGACAGAACAAUCGCACAUUACUACUUCCGGCUGGCUAUUCCCACAGAGCGACUGCAGAGAUAUUUCGAGACUACGCCUGCAGAUGCAGGCAAAGAGCGACGGCUUUAA